AUGAUUCAAACAUCAGCGGUCAUUAUCUCUGCUGCUUCUGCCACAUCUAUCAACAGCAUGCUUUCUGGCCUAAUGACUGUCGUACUACCAGAAGUCGGUUCUAUAUUCCAUCUCACCCCAAAACUUCUGCUAUGGCCUGUAUCAAUUUACGCCCUGACGAAUGGUUGUACACUUCUACUUUUCGGAACUCUUACUGACAUGCUAGGAAGUCGGCGGAUGCACCUUUUGGGAAACAUCUUUCAGGUAGCCAUGACUAUUGGGACCGGGCUUUCGAAGACGGGCACCCAGAUGAUCGUCAUUCGAGCGCUUUGUGGAGUAGCUUCGUCCUUGUGCCUCCCAUCGGCUGUUAGUAUCGUCACUACAGCCCUUCCUCCUGGCCGACGCCGCAAUAUUGCUUUCGCAUCCAUGGGAGGAGGCUUACCCAUUGGUUUCGGAAUCGGACUUAUCAUGGGAGGCGUGUGCGCAGGAACAAUUGGUUGGCAGUGGGGAUUUCAUAUCACCAGUAUCUUCAAUUUCCUAGUGCUAGCACUAUUAGCAUGGAAGCUUCCGCGUACCAAUUCAAAUAACCCAGCGGUGCGUUGGAGGAGACUGAAGACUGACGUCGACUGGAUCGGCAUUCUUAUUAUUACCUUGGCGCUAGGCAUUCUGCUCUACGUGCUCUCGGAGAUCACUUCCUCCGUGUCCGAAAUACGUACACCUACUAACAUUGGCCUCCUGAGCGCAUCGCUCAUUCUCCUCCCGAUUUUUGCCCUCUGGAUGCACUACGCGACAAACCAUAACCUCCCCGCCCUUAUUCCGAACUCCCUAUGGAGUUCUCGAAUCUUCACUUCUGUCUGCCUCAACGUUUUCUUCAUCUGGGGGGCAUUCAACUCGGUGGAGCAGUAUCUCAACUUCUACUUCCAAAAUCUCCAAAAUACCAGCGUUUUAUAUUCCGGAAUUCAAUUUCUGCCAACCUGCAUCGCAGGAGCGGCCGCCAAUCUCACAAUGGGGCUCAUCGUGCACAGGGUACGGGCACCUUACAUCAUCGCUAUCGCAACCUCACUAUCCUGCAUCGCCCCCCUUCUGAUGGCUCUCGCGAAUCCAAAGUGGACAUACUGGGCAGCCGAAUUCCCUGCUGUGGCUCUGAACGCAAUCCAAGUCGAUGCAUUCUAUACCAUUGCCAACCUCCUCAUUACCGAGGCAUUCCCGGACGAGACUCAAGCGCUAGCUGGUGGUGUUUUUAACACAAUCGCGCAGAUUGGAAAGGGAGUCGGACUGGCGCUUUCGGGGCUUGUGGAGGAGGGCGUAGGCAGGGAGAAAGGUCUGUUAAGUGGAUAUCGUGUUGCGUUUUGGUUCUGCUUUGCGCUUUGUCUGGGGACGCAGGUUGUUAGUUUUUGGGGGUUAAGGGGAGUUGGGAAGGUUGGUGGGAAGGAAGGGUAG